UCUCGAGCAUCAAAAGUAGCUGACCAAGGUCGAACAAUCAUCCGAACUGCCUAACGAUUUCGCAUGACCAGACCGUCCAUGAUCGGUUUUGACAAUUCGACGCCUGGCCUUUGGAGCUGACAAGCCUGGAGACGCACUACAGCCGCGCAUCGGCUGCAGCACCUCGUCAUUGUCAUGAAUCACAAUGCCUGCAUGGACGAUCCUCCGGCGAGACCCUUCUCGGAGAGCGAGUGCUAACGAGCAGAGAACAAGGACAGCAACACCACCAGCAACGAGCCAUGGAGCAAAGGCGACGCGAGCGGGACCGUCGAGGCUGUCCUUUAUGAAGGAGUUGUUCAGCAGGACAAGAUCGCAGGACAAGGCAGGGCGCCAUGCACACGAUGGCGCUGCCGAGACGACGCGCGGGACGGAUGGCAGUGUGUCGUCGAAAACCUCAAACGUUACACCAGCCACUGGCCCCAAGACUUCUGUGUCUGCCUCCAACUCCAGCAUCUCCCGGUCGCCGCCUAGCGAGGCCCCUGCCGCUGGUGAAGUGUCUACUGCCCCGGCCUUUCCGGAUCUCCUUGGAGAAGAGGAGCCAACUCCGCGGGUGGAUGGCGAUCACCGGGCCGCCAGUAAUAAUAUCAGCACCAUCACCCUCACCGCUGCGGCUCUAAGCCCGCCCGACUUCAGCAUGGCUGCUCUCGACGAGUCCGACGUCGAGAAGCUCUUCUCAGGGGCCCCGCAGUUCUUUGCCCGGUCGCUUGGCCACGGCACCGGUGCACCUCAUCCAUCCGUCGCCUUCCCCUGGAACGAGGAGCUCGGCAUCCGCGACCUGACCGACCACACCCAGGUCGAACAUGAUGCCUGGGGUUCUGUCACUGCUAGUGCUAGGAUCAUCCUCCGUGAUCCUACCACCCCACUAACGCCUUCGUUCAAGGCACGGCCGCACUUCAACUCGAGGACGACAGAACGGCCCAACAUGGUCAGCUUCACUGGCCUGGAGAAGGGCACCAUUGGCUAUCAGGCUGCUCUUGAGCUGUCAGUCGCCGACUCCCUGCAAGAAGAGCAGUAUGGAUUUGACAGCAUCGGCACGAAAGGACCAGUCAUUGUUGAGCAGCGCCAGCGACUCAUCACUUCCAAGGAUGGCUUGCGUCAUCUUGAUGAUGCUGCAAUCAUGGAGCAGCUACUCAAGCUGGAGAAGAGGUACCACGAUGACCGGGCAGACACUCGUAUAAAGCCGAAUGAUCUUUACCAUGAACUAUUUCACAAAAUCCUCCAUCCGCCGACCAAGGUCAUCGACCACAACAACCCCUACAGCCUGGCGGUCCAGAUAUAUGCCCUGGUUAAGGUCCUGGCUGCUCCGAAUACGUGGAUCGACUUCUCCCACGUCGAGUGGCGUAUCCGCCUGGGCCAGAUUUUAUGGGCCUUCCCCCUUGAUGACGAGCUUGACGAUGGCUCGUCCAUCAACGAGGGCGACAACGCGCACGAUCGGAGCGAGGAGCGUUAUUGGCUGCUUCUGCAGAUUCUUCUGGCCUGUGAGCUACUGAUCAGAUUAGACGCCAUUACUGAAGGAGACGAGUUUGGCGGUGCAUCCAAGCUGAAGGCCGCAGAUAUCCAUCGAUUUGACAAGGAAGCAAAUGCUUCUGUCAAGUGGUCGUUAAUGCUUGCGCGAUCAUGGCUCGAGAAUAUAACCAUCACCAAGACGGUCCUCAACAACUCUGGCCAAUCUACACCCAAGGGCUGGCUUACAUCACUGACGGCAAAAAUGCACCUGAGGCAUGAACAUAUGCACAUGUCCCAUCACAUAGACCACACCCAGAUUCGCCACAAUGACCACUCGGAAUAUGCGUAUGGCAUCAAAGGUCGCUACACAGAACGACAGCUUUCUGGCCUGACUCAGUUUGCAAGGAGGCUGCGUUGGCCCGAUGUCGAAGCAUACUCGGUGAAGAUGUCGCAGCAAGCAGCCAUACUCAGCGAUGCCACACCCAUCAAUACUCCGAUUCCCACCACAGACACCCAGCGCUCAUCAUAUUUUGAUGGCGCACGAGCGUCACUCGACAGCAGGAAAGACAAAUCACACAGGCGUCAAGUUGGUGCAGCUCUUCAUGCCAAUGGCUGGCUGACCAAGUCGUACAUGUCUGGCUUGAUUCUGCCUGGUGAGGUGCUUUCUCACUUGCUGAUGUCCACGCUGCUGGAGAAUGAUACCCAUGCCAUGUCCAAACUUGGCUUGAUGGCUAAUCUGUGUGGUGGCUUCGUAUACGGAGGGAAGAGCUUUUGGAGCACAGCUUGCGUGGUUGGGCGUGUCCUUGCGGCAGGGAGUGGAUCGGUAGAGUGCAUGGGAUGGAUAUCAACUGAUGUGAAGCCCGAGGGGCUCGGCGAUGGCUGGCUCGAUAUCGAAGUUGGCGACGUCCCUGAUGAUAUGCUCAAGACCGGCAAGCGCGCAAGAAUAUGGGGCAAGAAGCAGAUUGAGAAAGAGUCAGACGUCAUCGGCGACGGAGACUGGUCCAGCAUUCUUCCGAAGGACUUUAUCGUUCCGUCUGAGAAUGUGUAUCCCCGCCCACCACCGUCAAACGUGCGAAUCGAGCUCAAGUCACUGGAUUUGGCUGCGCCAACCAUGAGUGUGCAGCCCACGCCAGCCUCGGAAAUGGCCACCCCGUUCUCGUAUGCCACGAGCAUCACGAGAGAGCUCCUGACGUAUCCCGCGUCCAUCACAUUUACAAUAAUGCACGACGGUGCUGAGGAGGAGGCAGAAACAAAUAUUCCUUUGGCAAACGACGUGUAUUUUGUCACUGCUCACCCUUGCGCCCCAUCUAGCAAGGUAAAGCUCUAUCGGUCCCCCACGAGCCCGACAAUCCAGGGAGUCGAUGUCCGUGGUUUCGAUGAAACGGCGACAUUGUCUACGUCGUCACACAUCAUAGGACACCCUCUGCACAAGUCCUACACAUUUAAAGCGAUCCAUGUCUUGGAUCUCUUAGAAAAAAGAAAUAUGACACUUGCCGAGAUUCUGGCAGAGGAUCAGACACCAAGUGAUUCCGCCAGCGAUUCGAAGCAAAACAGCAAGACUAUACCUAGGGUCCUGGUGGUGGACUGUGUCACUGGCAUCACGCCGCCCAUGCGAUCUUCUCCAGAAAUGGCGUCCCUCUCGCGCGUCUCGUCACUAUCAUCGUCCUUUGGCCUGGAUGCACCGGCGACCCCACCCUUGCUGAGUUCGCCGCUUAGCCUCAGACGGCAGGCUUCAAACGCAUCGAGAUCCUCAACCAAUAGUGCUACCACGGGCGGUCAGCCACCCAAGUUCGAGCGGAUCGAUCCUCCCGGCUCGGCGUCCUUACCUGGCACCAGAAGGAAGAACUUUGGAUCGGACAUGGAGAUACUCAUAAGGGCGUUAUGCGUGGAAAAGGGGUGGAAUGCCGUGAUCAGCCGCAAACGGAGAGGUUGCUUGGCUUGUGCGAUUCGCGAGGCCGGCGCCCUGGGCUGGCGAGUUGUAAUUCGCGUGGAGUAAGAGGUCUGCUGCCUGUCUUUGCUUUGCCGUGAGCAUACAUUCACAGGCGCACAAAAGGGAAGCACAUCGCAGUUUACUUCUUAACGAUCAGCAAGGCGCACUGGUGUUUCUUGUUUUCUAGCGGGUCAAGACUGAUGGACUUUAAUCAUGAAGAACAAACUCACCUCCCUGACCAUGGUUGUAGAAUAUGUACAGCACUAGCUUGUUUGAGCAUAGACUCGCGUUCUCGGGACAAGCGAUGUCACAGCUCUCUCGUUUGUGCACCUUGGGAAUAACGGAAUGACAACCUUGUUCCAGAUGCAAGCUGAGGCUAUAUAUGUUCUACAAAUGCAGCAUCCUCUCGGGACUAUAGUAAUCAAAAGUUGCUAGUCAACAAUCCCGCUAGUCCCCCUUCCGUGAUACCCGUGCUUCCCAGCCCACAGCAUCAU